AUGAACACCUGGCGCAGCUGGCCGGCCUGCACAGCGUUUCGUCUUUGUGAAUCAGAACAGGCCCUGUUGGGUCCCUUUCGCCGCCAAUAUGGUCUCCCACAACACCGCCAUGUCUACGUCGGCGCGGGCGACCCUCAAACUAUCCACACUUUCAAGGAGUGGCUCCGCUAUAUCUUGCAGGGCUCGUGGAUGGAGUUCCGGCGCGACUGCUUGGCCAAGGCGGGCGGCGUCGUGGCGGAUCCGGACAAGAGGAGUACGGCCGAAAAGGCCAUGGAUUGCGUCGAUAACGUCGGCCCCGAUUUCGGGUUGUAUCACCCCGACAAGAAGAACUGGACGGUGCAAGAUCACCACGUUAGGUUUAUUAUGACGGUUGUUCUAGACGGCUUGCUCUCGAAUCUGUGGUCCUCCAAGGAUUGGGAUGCGAGAGGGCUUGAAAUCAGCAAAGCUGUAUACGAGGUGCUGUGCUUCUUGAAGGCGAGUUACGAUACGGUUGAGGAGGAAAGAGAUUAG